AUGUGUUUGGUGUUGCAAGCAGACCAGCUUGUUUGCUCAAAAGAGGUUGUCAGGUGCAUACAAAGUGAGAGACAGGCACUUCUGCAAUUCAAGUCUGGCCUUAUUGAUGAAUUUGACAUGUUGUCAUUUUGGACAACUGAAGAUUGCUGCCAAUGGUAUGGAAUUGGUUGCAGCAAUAUCACUGGCCAUGUACUUAUGCUCGAUCUUCAUGGUGAUUAUAAUUAUUACUAUUAUGGUGGGGGAAAUAGAUUUUAUAUCCGUGGUGAUAUCCACAACUCAUUGAUGGAGUUGCAGCAACUAAAGUAUUUGAACCUCCGUGGGAAUUAUUUCACAGAUAUUUCUAUCCCAGGUUUCAUUGGAUCUCUAAGAAACUUAAGGUAUCAUGAUCUUUCAGGAUUUGACAACAGGGAUCACAAUGGAGGUCAGUGGUUGUCUAAUCUUACUUCUUUAACCCAUCUUCACAUGUCGUCAAUAUUGAAUCUUGAUAGAUUUAAUAGUUUGUUGGAAAUGGUUGGUAAGCUACCAAAAUUGGGAGAACUAAAUUUAACAGAUUGUGACCUUUCUGAUCAUUUCUCUUUCUAUCCUUGA